GGCGGCCCGCGGCUGCCCGGUACGGACUGCGAGGGCCCCCGGUCGCGGCGCUGUUGCUGCGGCUGUAGCUGCUGCUGCGCGGCGGGCGGCGGCGAGGUCAACCCGGCAGACUGCGCCACCGCCGGGCCCGCCGCGCCUCCGCCGCCCCACUGCCCCCGGAAGCGGAGCGCCGGCGAACGGGGCCAGGCGGGCUCCCCGGUGAAGAAACCCCGCCGCGAGGUGGAGGACCCCCCGCCGCCGCCGCCUCCGGACGAGCAGGAGGACAUGGAUACGGGCAACGUGGCCAGCCUCAUCAGCAUCUUCGGCUCCAGUUUCUCCGGACUGCUCAGCAAGGAGCCGAAGGGCCGGCGGCGGGCGCCUCUGGACGGCAGCGAGACGACGCCGACGCCCGCCGAAGCGGCGGCCGAACCGGGACAGAUCUGCUGCGACGAGCCGGUGCUGCGGACCCUCAACCCCUGGAGCACGGCCAUCGUGGCCUUCUGACGCGCCGGCCCUAGAGACUCGCCCUCCGCCGCGGGGAGAAGGGCGGGGAGGGGGGGGCCCGGCGGACAGACGGGCAACCGGACAGAUAGGUUACCCCCUUCCCGCACCCUUCCCUUUCCUCCUCCCGCACCCUCGGGGGGCUCCUGCCGCAGCGGACUGUGCGGGCAGUGCCGGCGUGUCCCGGCGCCCUGCCUUCGCCGCACGGGAAGGACCGCGGGGCAGCAGCACUUCCCCCCCACCACCACCCCCCUUCCUUCGUCCGCCGCCGGCACCCCGGUUCCCGGAUACCGGCAACCGCCCUGGGAGCGCCCCCGGCGCCCGGCCCUCCCGGAAUUCCCCUUCCCGGUUUGGCCGCCGCCCUCCCCGGCGCCUGGGGGGAAGCUCCCCAGCUGCUGCCGACACUUGGGGGUGUGCUCCCCGCCGGGGUAAUAUUUUAAGCUUGGAAAGUAUUAAGUUUAUUAAAUAAAGUCUCUAUUUUGGAAAGGUUUAGGUCAGAACUAUUACAUGGUGCUUUUAAAAAGUGUUUAUUGAGAGAAACGAAGUUUACAGAUGCUCUGACAGAAAGUCCUUGAGCCUGUUUGUUAGGCUUGGUAACUCCCGGUCUUUGUUGUAUAAAGGCUUGGGGCGCCCGUAGGGGUUUUUUUUUUUUUGUACAGUUUUUCUCCUUUGGUGAUGUAUCUUGUUUUGUAUAAAAUGUAAUUCUACGUGUACAACACGUAUUAAAUAUUUUCAGCUGUA